GCUCGUAGUCUGCUGUCUGAGUAAUUUUUACGUCAUCCUAAUUUUCUUGAAAAUUGAGCAAAAUAAUUGUAGUUGUCGGUGCUUUAAUACAAUUACCAUCGAGCUAUAUCCGUGAUUAAAAGCGACGACAGCUAAAUCUGAAAUAAUACAUUAUUUCGAUACAUCCAUACUUAGCUUAUUCAUCAUGGAAAACCAAGGCACCUCCGGACCAAGAGUAAGCGAUAAACGAUUAGCUCAGACACAAGCUCAAGUAGAUGAGGUCGUUGGUAUUAUGCGUGUAAAUGUCGAGAAAGUGUUGGAACGCGACCAAAAGUUGUCAGAACUGGACAAUCGUGCCGAUGCUCUACAACAUGGAGCUGCGCAAUUUGAACAACAGGCUGGUAAGCUUAAGAGGAAGUACUGGUGGCAAAAUCUUAAAAUGAUGUUGAUAAUUGGUGCGGUAGGCGCUGUCCUCCUCAUUAUUAUUAUUGUGUGGGCAACAUCUGGCUCAAGCUCAACUUCUGCUCCUCCGCCAGUCACACCAGCUCCAGAGACACCAUCAGGACGAUAAAUUUUGAGCAUCCCAACUUUUUACUAAAGGGGCUCUUCCAUAGGUUGAUGUAAAUAGUGGCAUUCUCAAAAAGCCAGCUCAUACUCAAUUUAUAACACCUUUUCUAAUGUUUGCCACCUUCAGCUAAUGUAAGACUGUUAUCAACUUCUUACUUGAGAGUCAUCUACUCACUAUUCUAGUUACUAUGAAUUUUCCAAUUAUGAGACAUGUUAUUGUCACAGAUAAAAGAUUAAAAAGAGUUGUGUAUCUUUAGAUUGCUAUCAAUAACAAUGUUCAGCAAAUAAUAAAAUUGUAGAGCUAUUAUUAUGGUAAUUCAGGAGCCACUUUAGUUGAAUAAAACCACUUUAUACAUGUCAUUGACAAAAUUGAAAAGAAACUAUUUUGUAAACAAUUUACCCUUCAUAAAAAUAACUGUUGCACAUUUACUAUAAAUUUUAAAAUGUUUUGAUAUGUUGUUUAAAUUAUAUGUCUAUAGACAGCCAGUGUUGAAAUUGUUGAUGUUGCUUUAAAUUGAUAUAGUAUUUAUAAGAAUGUAUAUUAAGUGGUAUUAUAGUACUAAAAUAAAGAAUGGUAUUUACACUACAGGGUUAUAAUGUUCUUUUGAGAUUCUAGUGUCUCGGCCAAACACAAUCAAGGGACUUGUUUUUAUUGCUUCAAGUGUACAUUAUAACCUUUCAGGAGAUCACAGAUGUUUUGAUGUUAUUUAUCUUUGAUGACACAAUUUUAUGCACAAAAAUAUAUCAAAGCACAAACAGUCCAUUUAUUUGUAAGAAUGUUUUAAGUAAAUAUGAGAUGCAUAGAUUAUAUACUCUUUGGUGCAAACAGGUUUUUAUAUAUUUUAUUAAAAAACUCCUAUUGUAUUUGCUAGUUUAUAAAAAAUUAAGAGAAAUAUUUAAACUGAAACAAACUGACUGAGUCAAUUAAUUUUAAAAUGUACCAAGUACUGUUUAUUAUAUAAAAAUAACAUUUUCUAAAGCUUUCUAUGCAUUUUUAUAUAAGGGGACCAAUAGAUUACAAUAGAAAAUUAGACCACAGUGUAAUCUUCUGCCUAAAUAUUGUUAUUCUAAUUAAAUAUUUGUAAACUUAUUCUGUAAAAGGCAAAAUAAAUGUAUUAUUCUAA